UGGUCGGAGAAAAACAACUAGUGUUAGUAGCACGCUAGAAGAACAAGAGACGAAAAAGCCCGUUGCUUAUAGCAACGACCUAAACCCAUAUAUUUUUUUGUCUGAUUAGAGAGAAGGUAUAGACAUGUCUUUGGCUGAACAGACACAGCAAUGGUAUCCAACAAGCGUACAGGUAACGGUUCACCAAGCUAGGAACCUGAAGAUCAAAGGCAAAAAUGGCACCAACGACGCGUAUGCCAUCAUUCAGGUGGCUAAGGAUAAGUUCUCAACAUCGGUGGCAGAGAAAUGUGUUGCGCCGGUCUGGAAAGAAGAAGCCUCGUUCGACCUACCUCUGUUCCACCAAGCGAACGCAGACCGCUGUACACUCUAUAUCAUCGUUAUGCACCGAGCCCUAGUGGGUUUGGACAAACUUCUUGGUCAAGCGAUCAUCAACCUCGUUGAACUGCACGAUAAUAAAUCACGCAAGAAAACAGACUGGUACAAACUCGUCGAUAAGAAUGGAAAGGCAGACAAGGACAGAGGCGAGGUUUUGCUCGACGUCCAGUUUAUGAGAAACAACAUGACCGCCAGCAUGUUUGACCUGUCCAUGCAAGACAAGCCACGGUCCAGGAUUUCCAAACUGAAAGACAAGGUCCGCGGCAAGAAGAGGGAGGGUUUUUCCGAUUCCGCCUCUGCCAUCGUGCCCUCGGUGAGUCAGGCGUUGACGGACAGCGACGGGGAAGGAGACGGCAAAUCGGACUCGCCCGGUAUGAAGAAGUCGUCUAAACUGAAGUCCCUGUUUGCUCCGAAGACAAACCUACAGAGGAAUGUGUCUCAGUCCAUGUCCACGCUGGGCUCGCUGCCGGAGAAGAACGGAUCGCUUAGUGGUAGCCGAUCCUCCGGCCUCAACGUUGACUCUCCUGAUGUGAAGAAGAAAUUCAAGUUCUUGGGCCACAAGCGCACGAGCAGCACAGACAGCAGGGUAUCCCAGGGCCCUUUCUCACUGCUGGGCCGGUCCAAACAGAACGUUCCAGAACAAAACAACCUCUGCAUCAACGGUAGCCAUGUCUACACAGAGGAACAGGAAUCCAAGCCCGCCACUGGAUCAACCCUCAGUCUGAACAGUUCAGGACAAGGAUCUGUGGAAGAUGUGCGGAAAUUCCACGAAAGGAAUCCUUCAGAUGCCUCCACUGACUCCUUCAAGGGUCUCAGUGUUCCCUCAUACAGGCCUGAGCCCAGAGAGAGAACAGUACUAACACCACAGCGGCCUCUGGAGGACAGAGGAGUCCAUGCACAAUAUCACCUCCAAGAGGAAGAUGAGGACAAUCUACCCAAACGCGGCGGAGGAAGGAGUCUGCAGGAUAUGCUGGACAAACAGGAGGAGCAAGAGAGAAAGAGACAGCAGGAGCGCGAGGAAACUAGGAGAAAGUUGGAAGAAGAGGAGCGCAGACGCAAGUUGGAGGAGCAGGAGAAAAGACAACAGGAGGAAGCCAGGCAGGCCGAGGAGGAGAAAAGAAAGAGGCGUGAGGAAGAGAUGAAAAAAGCGGAGGAGCAGAGGCAGCAGGAAGAGACACGAAUGACGGACAGGCUCUCCUACCUGUUCGGCAUUGGAAAGAAGAAGGAAGAGAAGAAAGAGGAGGAGAAUCCUCCGGCCGUAGAGAAACCCAAGCAUCUAGACGUGCCUUCGUCCACCAAUCCCUUUGAGGACGUCCCUCUGAGUCCAGAAGAGAGCUCCGGAGAUUUUCACCGGGGUGUCCGUACCCCCAACCCGCCAGCUUCCGCCAGCGUGUUCCCCACUCGCGUCGCCAAGGUGUCUGCUGUCAAGCCAAGAUUGGCUGAUCAGAACAAUUCCCCCUUUCCUACUCCCACAUCAGAGGCCUUUAGCACAGCCCAUUGUACUAGCCUCUCCUCUGAACCCCCCCUUUCUACUGACUCCUUUGAGUCUUUUGAUAUGUUUUCCAACCUUCACUCUUCUCUGGCACCUCCAAAAGUUAGAAGAAAUUCCUCUGGGUCUUCUAGAGGCAGCAUGGAAAACCUCUCUGGUAUUGGGCAUACUGAAAACAAGAAGCGUAGGGCUCCUCUACCACCUAGCUAUUCAGAUUCAUCCCGUCAUGGGAGAACUGACUCAAAUGGCUCCUUGCAAUCUGUCAGAGAGGUGGACAGCGGAAGACCAAGUUCUCGCCAGCAGGACCAAAGGCCUCCGUUGCCUCUCCCGGACUAUGACUCUCUGUACCCUAGGAGGCAUGGGGUCAUGCGGCAGACUCGCUGGGACAACAUUAUUGCAGAGGUGAACCGAAGACAGGACUGCGUUGGCCAGGAGAUGAGUGUCGACGGCCCUGACGAGCCUUUGCCAAGUCAGAAACCUCAGGUCCUGUCAGAAAGGACUUCCACAAGCAUCAACCAGCACCAAAGACAAGAAGAGGCUGCUUCUGCUUCUUUGAGGAACAAGGAGAAGAGUACCAAGCAGGCUCUCCUUCCUCCUAAACCUGCUGCAGCGGCCCCACCAAGACAAUGGGUUGAUGUGAGUACAAACGAGGUCUGUACCCCAGCGAAGGUUAGUUCCACUGUGGAGAGGCCUAAUCCAGUUGUGAGCAGUAACACAGCACCAUGGGUCAAGAGCAGGGAAGUACACUCUGAGACGAAAUCAAAGGUUCAGGAUGACCAUCUCUCUGAUGUCCAGCCCAGUUUGCCCAAAGAGAGGCCAGUGCCAGCCGCUCGAGUGGCAGUGGAUUCAAGGACUACAGAACUUGCUGACGUAAAAAUGAAUAACAACAAGGAAAUCCCCUCAGUAAAACCUAGACAGAAACCGGCAAACAAAGAACCAGUCAGGCAGGUCCAACAGGAGCAGAUUUCACUGUCAUCAGACAACACUCCCAAGGAACAAGUCGUUAAAGGUCCCAUUAUGAGUGAACCUGCAGAAGAAGAGGGAGGUAUCAUGAAAGAAUUUUCUGGGUCUGUGAAGGAGCCAAAGGUCGUUGACAUUGGUCUCACACAGCCUGCUUCUGUUCCUGCUGCUAAAAACGGCAACGCGACAAAAGUUACUGAGGCAAUUACAACCACGGUGGUUGAAGAUCCUUUCCCUAACAAUGAACUGAUCUCCAAUGACCCGUGGGCCGUAGCCUUGCAAAAUACAAGUGGCAAUGACAUUUUUUCUGGUGGACCAAAGAAAGUGGAAAAUCCUGUCCAGCAAGGUUUGACACCAGAUGACUUGGAGGACCUCUUUACAUCCAGUAGCACUACAGAUCCAUUCGCUACCUUUGCCCACAACAGGUCAACUUCAUCACCCACGCCUGCAAAAACGCUUGACAAUUCAAGUCAGCUGAGUUCCCCUGUUCAAAAUGGGACAUCAUCCAAAAAAGGAAAAGCACCCCAGCCUCCUACACAUUCCAGGGAUCACAAAAUGAAUAAACCAGACUCCCUGAUCUUGCAGGAUGUUGAGAAUGUUGAGCUAACUGUGGUUUCUACUGGUGGACAAAAUCUAGAGUCUGCCAGGAAGAUUCAAGAGGGCUUUUACGUUGGUGAGCAUCCGACGAUUAAAGCCAGAGAGGAUGCAUGGACGGCAGACCCUUUUGCUACUUCUUCACCCUAUUCCUUAGCUACACCUGAAUCACAGAAAAUGGCAGUUGGUGACUCCACUCCUGGUGGUGUUUCUGGGGUCAAAACUCCACUGCGUGCCUGGAUCUCACCUUCUGAGGUCACAUCACAGACUAGCAAUGGAGGAAGUUUAGCCUCAGCCCCGCGCAGGCCUCACCCCGUAAAGCCCAUGAGCACUGUGGAGAACCAGGCUCCCAGCAGCCUGUCAGUGGGAAAAGACCUCAAAUCCAUCAGUAUCCACGAGGUGACAGACAAGUCAAAGGGAAUGGAGAGUGGUCCAUACACCCAGCUGACCCAGGAGGAGCUCAUUACUUUGGUGGUGAAACAGCAGGCUGAGCUGACGAAGAAAGACGACAAGAUCCAGGAGCUGGAGGACUACAUCGAUAACCUCCUGGUCCGCGUCAUCGAGGAAAAACCCAGCAUCCUGCUCGCACUCAACUCCAAAGCCAAACACUAACGGACCCGCACGCCGGGUGCCGAGACCGCGGGCGACCGACUCGGACUUUGUUGUAGGGGUUUCACGCUUCGUACUUCGGUCCAAGGUGCAGGACCCAAACUACCGAUCAGCUGGUGUAGAUUCAGCACAUAUAGCCAUUGGAGCUGCUGAAGGACUUCUUGUAUUCCUCGAAGUAAUCACUGUGGUGGGACAUGGGAUCAAAUCAAGACCUGUGUUAAAAGUCCUCUGCUUUUGUUGGAACACACCGCUGUACACUAAACCGUAUGCACUUUUCAUUUUUAUUUUAUUUUAUUUUUUUUUGCCUGAACGAAGAGGGCUAUUUCCAGACAGACUCCCGAAUAAGUCGUUAAAUGAAGGAUUUGCCCUGUGCUCAUGCUGGAAACAUACUGUAGAUCCGUCAGAAUGCUGUAUCAAAAUGCCUUCUCUGUAAUGAAGAAGAAAUGACUUAUUUUUGAUAGAUACGUUUCUACCGCUGAUAGAAACCUUUCAUUGUAAUGCCGAAUUACCUGUAGAUAAAAGCUGUGUUUAGAUUGCACUAAUCAGGUUAUGUGUAGAAUAAUAACGGUUCUUUUAUUUCUUACUAUUUUUUGUCUAAGUCUGCAUAAGUUUGAGGGGAGGGCGAUAAAGUGUAUAGAUAUUUAACGCAUAUAUCUUCAUAUUUUAGUGACUCAUAUUUCGCCUCCAAAGUGUCUGAAUGGAGUGGAUCUUUUUAUUUCUUACACGACAGACCGUUCGAGAAUGGGAAGAGCUGAGGAUAUUGAACAGAGCGUGACAGUGAGUGUCUGAGACUCAGUUUAGCGAGAGCUGAUGUCUGUGGCAAGCCAACAGCUGCAGUGUUCCACUUGUCAAUCAAAGUGAACUGCAGAAAAUGGAUACGACUCUAUAAAAUUCACAUAAAAGCCUUAUCUGAAUUCCUCUGCCUGAAGUGUGACCUUCUCUAGAAGACUUAAGACCAGAGCAGGGGUGAAUAUGUCUUAGCUGUACUGGAAUGAUUGGUCUUUUCUCAUUAUUCCUCAGUGCUUCUGUUCCAUGUGGUCUCGCUCUCCAGGGGGGGCGGGGGGGGGGGACUAAUUUUAAUUGGCCGGACGUGUGAAAGCACGACUCUGGUCCCUGGGAGGCGUCCGUGGGAUGUCUUGAUUUUUAUAUUGCUUUAAUAACACGUUCGGUCCUGUCAGAAUUUCAGGAACUUCAGUCACAGAAAUGGACACAAGGUAAAGGAGACAUGCGAGAGUGCUUUAGACAGGGCACAAUCAUUCAAAGACUACAAACGAAAUCCCUACUCCCCUCACCCUGGGCUGAAUGACAGACACACAGCUUUUACGGGUGAAGAGCAUGAUGGCACUAAUUUAAUGUAAAGCACAGAAGAGAAUAAGACUCAAUUUUUUUUUUUUUUUUAACUGAUUUAAUUCCCUUUGUCACCAUUCAGUCUGUGUGAAUGUAACCUAAUUAACUAUGCCUAGCAAGAUUUUUCUGACUGUUGUAUUAUACAUUUUUCUUCUUCUUCUUUUUUUUCUCUCUUUUUUUUCUUUCAGCUGCAAAGGGAAUAGAGAUUCCCGCACAAAGACUUUCUGUUGUUAGGGAGGCACAAGCAUAAUGAAUAUAAUUAAUAUGACAACGUUUGCUGUCAGUCUGAAAAGAUCAACAUUUAUUAUGUCCCCCCCCCCCCCACCAAUUUCUGUCGGUUACUGUAUCGUCUUCUUUUGAAUUACGUUUCAUUGUGGUGCCUUUUCAUCAGUGCGGUAAGACAAGUCGAGCACAAGAUGAAACCGUGCCUCCUCUCGGAUUUGCUGAGUCGGUUUCUCAGUCGCAAAUGGAUUUGUUCUGUCUUCCCUCUGUACCGCACAUGUCAAAAUCCAGUCUCUGAAGAGCAUGCACGCCUGUUCUCAAGGUGAAAAUCAACAGGUAACUCAGAAGUGAAAACAAAAACCUGGCAGGACACUGGCCCUCCAGGACCGGAUUUGACACCCCUGCUCUGUACCAGCGGUUCUCAACUCCUGUCCUGGGGCCCCAC